CUGGUCCCACUCUCUCCCACAAUCUCUUCCUUCUUCAUCCAUAAAGCCUCUUUCUUCACUUCUCCAAAACAUCCUCUCAGGAUGAACGCCACCGUCACCCAACAUUUCUCCAUUUUCUGUUUCUUCUUCUUCUCCUGAAUCAUUCCUCAACAUUUCCAUGGCAAUCACACCUCUCUCUUCUCUCAGCUUCAAUCCCGACCGUCCACUUCUUCUCUUCUCCUCAUCCAAUGGCCCUUCUUCUUCUUCCUCCUCCUCUUUCUUCACUGGUGGCACCCAUUUCCGGACCCACAAGAGUCUCGCCUGUGUAAACUUACCUUCUUCUUCUUCUCUAUCCAGUAAAAGGGUCUCUGUGGUGGUUGCUGCUUCUUCGGACUAUUAUUCCACACUUGGGGUUCCCAAAUCUGCCAGUGGCAAGGAAAUCAAGGCGGCUUAUCGAAAGUUAGCUCGCCAGUAUCAUCCUGAUGUCAACAAACAACCUGGAGCCACCGAAAAGUUCAAGGAGAUUAGUGCUGCAUAUGAGGUGCUAUCAGAUGAUAAAAAGAGGGCUUUGUAUGAUCAAUUUGGUGAAGCUGGAGUGAAAAGCGGGGGACAAGCUGGUGCUUAUACGACUAAUCCUUUUGAUCUAUUUGAAACCUUCUUUGGACCAAGCAUGGGUGGGUUCUCUGGUAUGGACCAAGCUGGAUUCAGAACACGGCGGCGUACUACUGUCUCUAAAGGUGAAGAUAUACGUUAUGACAUGACUUUAAAAUUUUCUGAGGCUAUAUUUGGGGCUGAAAAGGAAUUUGAGCUUUCCCAUCUGGAAACAUGUGAAGUUUGCACUGGUACUGGAGCAAAGAUAGGCUCCAAGAUGAGGAUAUGCUCAACUUGUGGUGGCAGGGGUCAAGUUAUGCGAACUGAACAAACACCUUUUGGCUUGUUUUCGCAGGUUUCUGUUUGUCCAACUUGUGGUGGCGAUGGUGAAGUCAUUUCUGAAUACUGUCGGAAAUGCUCUGGUGAAGGGCGUAUUCGUGUUAAGAAAGAUAUCAAAGUUAAAGUUCCUCCAGGAGUCAGCAAGGGCAGUAUUCUCAGAGUUGCUGGAGAAGGUGAUGCUGGGCUACGAGGGGGCCCUCCGGGAGACCUUUUUGUAUACCUUGAUGUUGAAGAGAUACCAGAGAUCCAAAGAGAUGGCAUAAAUCUCUGUUCAACAGUUACUGUCAGUUAUCUAGAUGCCAUAUUGGGGGCUGUUGUUAAGGUGAAGACUGUUGAAGGGGUUACUGAGCUACAGAUUCCAUCGGGUACUCAACCUGGGGAUGUACUUGUCUUGGCAAAGAAAGGUGCACCAAAACUGAACAGACCAACAAUACGUGGUGACCACUUAUUCACUGUUAAAGUAACUAUUCCAAAUCGCAUCAGUGCCAAAGAACGUGAACUGCUUGAAGAGCUUGCUUUCCUAAGUAAUAAUACCAGCAGCCGGUCACGAACUCGCCCUAAAGCUCAGCCAGCCACAAAAAGUAGGGAAAGUAAGAAAGAUGCUGUUACAGAGAAAACUGAAGAUGCAGGAGAUGAUAAUGACGUAUGGAAGAAGUUAAAAGAUUUUGCUGGGUCUGUUGCAAGUGGAGCUCUUAACUGGCUGAAGGACAACUUCUAGUCUGAUGAUGUAUCUACUCAUGGUAAAAUCAACAUAUUAAAACCUGCAUUGGUUUACUCAUACGGGCCUCAUGUUUUUCCCCCUAAAAGUCUGGCCCCAACAGAAUCAGGCAGUCAUUAUUCCAGGUGCUUUAACCGAGCGGUAUGCAUUUUGCUGAAAAAAAUGAAUUGGCCCCAUUGUGGAUAUUCUUUGAUUUUUCUGGUGUAAAUUUUGGAACUUGGCAUAUUACUACAGAUUCACUCUGCAAUCCCCCCAUUCCCUUAUUUGGCAUUUUUGAUGGCAACAACAGCUAGCUUAUGCAAUGAAUUGAAUAAAUUGACAGUUGAAAACUUUAGCUUGUUUUGUUCUAAA